AUGUGGAACGUUGCGGACAAAUCUUGCCCCGGCCAUUGGGGCCCAUCUCAAACAGCUUUGCUUCUACUCGACUUUCACUCUAUGUUUGUCUCCCGCCUGCCUGAAAGAGGCCCCGCGGCCGUCAAAGUCGCCGCCGAGAUGAAGACUUGGGCCAAAUCCAAGGGCAUCAAGGUCGUCCAUGCCUUGGUCGAUUUCAGCGCCUCGCCCUUCGAAACCUGUAAGGGCUCAGAAAGAUUCGCCGCUAUCGCCGAGGCAGUGAGAGAACAUGGUGCCGCUGAAUGUUCUGAGCUUCUUGAAGACGCAGAUGACGAGGUCACUUUUCUCCGUCGACUCGGUCACGUCUCAGCUCUCAAGUCGCCAGGCCUCGAAGACUACCUGAAGAUGAAUAACAUCAAGUCAUUGCUGCUUGCUGGUUUGAGCACUUCUGGAUGUGUCACGCGAACUGCACUUCCCGCAUGUGACGAGGAAUACGUUGUGACUACCAUUUCUGAUGCCUGUGCCGAUCCCGAUGAUGAGUUGCACAGAGUGAUGCUCGAGAAGGUUUUGAACAACCGAGGAUAUGUAUCAAGCGCCAUCGAUAUUCAGAAGGGGUAUGAGAAGGUGAUUAGUGGUAUCUGA